AUGGAAGAGUCCUCGUCCGGCCUGCCCGACUCCAGCAGCACCCUGGAUGGGACUCCCCCACUCGUGGCGGUGAAGGAUGCCAAGGCUCUCUUGGAGGAGAGCGAUGGCUCCGGGGCCCCCCUCAAAGAUGACGACUCCCUGCUCAACCCCGGAACCCACAGCAGCAUCCUGGAUGAGCCCAGCUCGCUGGACCUGGCCUCAGAGGCAGGAAGGAGUAAGUCCAGUGGCCUGUGCUUCAGCGACGGCAAGUGCCGAAUCGACUACGUGCUGGUGUACAAGAAGUCCAGUCUGCAGACGGAGAAGAGGGACGUGUUCGAGAGAAACAUCCGCGCCGAGGGCCUACAGAUGGAGAAGGAGUCUUCCAUCACCAACAGCGAUGUGAUCUUCGUCAAGCUGCACGCCCCGUGGGAAGUCCUGUGUCGCUAUGCGGAGAUCAUGAACAUCCGCAUGCCCUUCAGGAGGAAAUUUUACUACUUGCAUCGGCGCUACAGGUUCAUGACCAGGCUGGAGAAGAAGAUGAGCAAGUUCCGUGGAUGGCUACCUCGCAAGCCCAUGAAGUUUGACGAGUCCCUCCCUGACCUGGAGGAGAACGAGAGCUUCACUGCCCCCUUCAGCCGUCAGCGGAUACACCAUUUCAUCAUCCACAACAAAGACACAUUUUUCAGCAACGCCACAAGGACACGAAUCGUCCACCACAUCCUCCAAAGAGUCAAAUACGAAGAGGGCAAAAAUAAAAUAGGCUUAAACCGGCUUCUGAGCAAUAAUUCCUAUGAGGCUGCUUUUCCCCUGCAUGAGGGGAGCUACAGAAGCAAGAACUCGAUCCGGACUCACGGAGCGGACAACCAGCGCCACCUGCUGUACGAAUGCUGGGCCUGGUGGGGCGUCUGGUACAAGUACCAACCGCUCGACCUCGUCAGACGAUACUUCGGGGAGAAGAUCGGCCUCUACUUCGCCUGGCUGGGCUGGUACACAGGGAUGCUGUUCCCAGCUGCUGUCGUAGGGCUCGGGGUCUUCCUCUACGGGGUGUUCACCCUGGAGCACUGCCAGGUUAGUAAAGAGGUCUGCCAGGCCACUGACAUCAUCAUGUGUCCCCUCUGUGACCACUACUGCCCGUACAUGAGACUCUCAGACAGCUGUAUAUAUGCCAAGGUCACCCAUCUUUUCGAUAAUGGAGCGACUGUUUUCUUCGCUGUAUUCAUGGCAGUGUGGGCAACAGUGUUUCUAGAGUUCUGGAAGAGGAGACGUGCAGUUCUGGCCUAUGAUUGGGACCUCAUAGACUGGGAGGAGGAAGAGGAAGACGUCCGGCCUCAGUUUGAGGCCAAGUACUCCAAGAAGGAGCGGAUGAACCCGAUAUCAGGGAAGCCGGAGCCGUACCAGGCAUUCACAGACAAGUACAGCAGACUCAUAGUGUCAGCAUCAGGGAUCUUUUUCAUGAUCCUGGUGGUGAUCGCUGCUGUCUUUGGUAUUGUGAUUUACCGCGUGGUGACGGUCAGCACGUUUGCUGCCUUUGACUGGGCCCUCAUCAGGAACAACUCUCAGGUGGCCACCACCGGAACUGCAGUCUUCAUCAACUUCUGUAUCAUCAUGCUACUGAACGUGUUGUAUGAAAAAGUUGCACUUCUGCUUACAAACUUAGAGCAGCCGAGAACAGAAUCGGAAUGGGAGAACAGUUUCACCUUAAAGAUGUUCCUUUUCCAGUUUGUCAAUCUGAACAGCUCUACCUUUUACAUAGCAUUCUUUCUUGGAAGGUUCACCGGUCGCCCGGGUGCCUACAUUCGCCUGAUCAACCGCUGGAAGCUGGAGGAGUGCCAUCCAAGUGGCUGUCUUAUAGACCUGUUCAUGCAGAUGGGAAUCAUUAUGGUGCUCAAGCAAACUUGGAACAACUUCAUGGAGCUGGGAUAUCCACUGAUCCAGAACUGGUGGACGCAGCGACGCCUUAGAAAAGAGUUUGGCCAGAAGACUAUGGACGCCUUUCCCCAGUGGGAGAAGGACUACAACCUCCAGCCUAUGAACACCUAUGGCCUGUUUGAUGAAUACCUGGAGAUGAUCUUGCAGUUUGGCUUCACCACCAUCUUUGUGGCUGCCUUCCCCUUGGCCCCUCUCCUGGCCCUCCUCAACAACAUCAUCGAGAUCCGCCUGGACGCGUUCAAGUUCGUCACGCAGUGGCGCCGACCGUUGCCCUCCCAAGCCAAAGACAUCGGAAUCUGGUACGGCAUUUUGGAGGGUAUCGGCAUUCUCUCUGUCAUCAGCAAUGCUUUUGUCAUUGCGAUUACCUCAGACUUCAUCCCCCGGCUGGUUUAUGCCUACAAAUAUGGCCCUUGUGCUGGGCAGGGCCGCGCCGGGGAGAGGUGUAUGAUGGGCUACGUUAAUGCCAGUCUCUCAAUAUUCCGGGUAUCCGAUUUUGAGAGCAAGUCCCAACCACGAACAAAUGGAUCAGAACUGUUCGGGGACCCUGUGCGGUAUUGCAGGUACCGUGACUACAGAGAAGAUCCCAACUCUGAAGAGCCAUAUUCUUACACACUGCAGUUCUGGCAUGUCUUGGCUGCCCGCCUGGCUUUCAUCAUUGUAUUUGAGCACAUGGUUUUCACCAUCAAGAACCUCAUUGCUUACCUGAUCCCAGACCUGCCAAAAGACUUGCGUGACCGCAUGCGCAGGGAAAAGUAUCUAAUCCAGGAGAUCAUGUACGAGGCCGAGCUGGAGAGACUACAAAAGGAGAAAAAUGAGAAGAAGAAGAAGAAGAACGAUAGAGUUCACCACAAUGAAUGGCCAUGAGUACGUGCAAAACAGCCUAGGUAUGAGCCAUCCGGUUAUGACUGACAGGUAAAAGUGGAUCAGGAAUCUUUGUGUGAGGACUGAUCCAGUAAAGCAUUGGCACAACAGGGGAACUCCCUCUCCCGUAUAUUUUAAUGCUAAAAUACUCCACUGGUUUCGGGACAGUAUGGAUGACGGUGACAUUUGCUUGGUUUUCAUAACUCAAAUCUUAAGAGGUUCAUGUCUAACUGUACUUUUCAUUUGAUUGUCUGUUUUGUAAUACAUGGCCUUGUUGCCAUCUUAUUGCAUGUGGUCACAUGAGGGAAGAACAAGGACAUGAACUGAACUCAACCGCAAGGGCCAGGAGCAUCAGGAAGUGGAUUUCGUAAUGACUCAAAAGGUGUCAUUUUCCUCUGGUGCGUUACUGAAAUGGUUGAUGGUGGAACAGCUUCCUCAAAUGUAUACCUGCUUCCCCAUGACGUCGCACAGUCUUUCCUAUUUUGGGACAUGCCAGUAUUUUUUUUCAGACAAUGAAUGUAAAUAUAUGAUGAAGAAUUACUCUUGUUACAAAAGAAAAUGUUCUCUCUUCCAUUGUGAGUUGAGUAACAGAUUGUUUACAAUUCCUCUUGUAUCUAUUCCUCAAGAAUUUAGGACAAAAUGCUUUCAAAUGGAGAACCACUUAGGUGAAUGUAUAUAGUAGAAAGAAAAAUUCACUAGAAACAAUAUCUACAGUGCUUUGCUGAUUUAGUUUAAGAAAAGCUCUUAUAACUAGUUUCCAUAGCAAGUUCAGACAAACUGUUGAUAGGAGAUAAGCAGUAGCCUACAAUAAAGCUUU